CGGAGGACGCGCCACGUCUGGGUGGCUUUGAACCGAAAAGCGGUAACGUAGCCACGUUUACGCUACAGCCGCUAGCAUCAUGGCUCUAAUCGUCGCUGUGUGGAUGAAUUUUGACAACUUUUGAGUCUCGAACUUGCAAGAGAAACAAGGCCACUGGAACGGAAGCCUAAAUGACUGCCAUGGCGAACAAGUGGAAGGACCUUUUUAACGUUGGAGAAGACUUCGACGAGGAUCUGCUGCAUGCGGAUUGGGAUGUGGCGACGGAGCCCGUCCCUGCGGCCACAGAGUCUGUUACCGCAGCAACCUGCCUCAGAGCGCCCUCCGGGCCUCGUACCCAGAUGGCCACGAGUCACCAACCCCUUGCUCCGGCAUUGACACAUGGGAGUACUACAUGUCACCCUCUGGGCACCUCUGACCUCAGCGGUGACAGAAAGACUGCUGGUUUGAGCAUGGGGGGCUGUUUUGCUGCUCCCACAAAGCAGGACCCUCUGACUUCGGGCGAUCAGAAGGCUGAUGCCUUCCAGGAUGACUUUGAUGACUGGGAUGUGGACUUUGAGGACGUGGAUGAGAACGCCCUGCAGUUGGCGUCUGAGUCUGACCCACCCGUACCAGUACUACCUGAGCAGGACUCCGCAGUGUCCCCCGCUAAGCGAAUGCGUGGCCCGAGUUGCAGCGGUACUGCAUCAGGGUCCAGCGGCCUGCAGUCUGCUGAUGGUCCAGCACCCAGGCCUGUUGCCAACCCCGCCCUUCGUUCAGCUGGAGCUGCUUCCUUGGUGCGAUCUCAAACAUCAGCUGCAGCGAAAUCCACUGCCUCUUCCCAUGCACCCGGUGGCCCCGCCUUCGGGCCCCUCUCCCCGCCCUACCGGCCACGGUCCUCUGUGAUUGGCUCCACGCCUCUGAUGCCCCACCCUCUGCGGACUCCCAUCCUCACCAACCACUUGGUGCAGCUUGUGUCAGCCUCCAGCAGGACACCGCCGAAGCCCCCCACGCCAGCGCCGGGCCCCCAGACGCGCCGUUUCCCAGGGCCUGCUGGUCUUCUACCCCAGCAGCAGCUCUAUGGGCAAAGCCUUGAUGACAUUGUGGUGGCGCAGCCGCAGACACCUGCGCAUGGAGCCGUAGCCCGACUGCGCAGUCAGGUCCCUGGCACGCAGGUAGCCAAUGUGGAGGAGUUCACGCGGGGCCCGUGGGCUGCCAUGAAGACAGAGAUGGGCCUGGAUGAGCAGAACCCGGCCUGCUUCCUGCACACUUACAGUGUCGUCAUGGUGCUGCGGAAGGCUGCCCUGAAGCAGCUUUCAAAGAACAAGGUGCCCAACAUGGCAGUGAUGGUGAAGACGCUUCUGCACACGCACGCCGACGCCAAGGCCGUGUUCCACGACCCCACAGGACAAAUGCAGGGCACAGUGCACCGGCGCCUCCUAGAGGACAGACAAGACGAGCUGAAGACGGGAGCUGUGCUGCUGCUGAAACAAGUGGGCGUGUUCUCACCUUCCUCCCGUAACCACUAUCUGAACGUCACACCCAGCAACCUGCUGAGGAUCUACCCCCCCGAGGGGACGGUGAAGGCCCCCGUGAAGCUGUCCCACCUUGUCUCGGAGCAGUUAAUGCCUGACCUCGAAUGGUCCUCCGGCACACAAGGGGGCGCUGUCUCCAGUGCGGAACUGGUGUAUGAUGGUGGCGGUGGCAAAAGUGGCAAACAGACGUUGGGAGAGGAGUGCAGCCCUGGCCGUGAUCCGCAGAGGCCCCCCACCAGGCCGGAGGACUCCGCUUGGGACGCAGAUGACCUCGAUGAGUUGUUGGGCGACCUGCCGGAGGAGCUGUACAGCCUGUAACGGGAGUCACAAGGUUCCCCACGUGUGAAAAGGAAGGCUGGCCGCGGAACCCUUUUCUUUGGGUGCAAUACGCAGGAGUCCCUUGUAAAUACUGUAUGUCACUGUGGAAGAACAUAUGCACUAAAUCAUAAAUGUAUCGUUUGAAUCUAA